GAAAAUUACAUCGAUGCUAUGUUACAGCUGAAAACAGAUAAAAAAUAGAUAGAAGCAUCAUUUCCUGAACAGCAAGUUUACGGGUUACAAUGAUGGUGAUGAAUGUUCCUUAGAAGACAACUACUUAGGUUCAAAGGACAGUAGUGACAGUAUGCCUUUGGGUCAAUCUCAAGCACAAAUUUAUAAUCGCAAUGCUGACAAAAAAAUACAAAGAAACCAAAACCAGAAGAAAAAUGGAUCCAAUGACAACAGGACAUUGGAUAGAAAAAGAGGAAAAAGUCCUUAUAACCCGCCUCUGAGAAAACCCAAAAGAUCACCACAAGCUUCAGAAUUGACUGACAACAACCAGACCUUAGAAGGAAGAAAAACAGAAAAUGUAACGGUUAAUGCGGAGGAUAAAACAAUUCUUUUGAUUAGCGAGAAUGUGUCUGAAUAUAGCAGGCAACGCAUGCGCGCUCUACAGAUGAGUUUACGUCAUUACAGUAACGUGGACGGGCGGAUUUCAGUCAAAGAACUUAAUUUAGCCUGUCAGGAUAACAAUAUCCAGUUGAACAGCAGAGUGCUACAGAUCCUACAAGGAAAAUUUGAAGACCAGCAUGGUAUAAAUAUAGAAAAACUGUAUCAGUAUUUAUCAGAAGCACAUUCAAGAUCUGGACGCGAUAGUGUCAUGGCAAUGCGUUUAAGAAAUGACCUAGAACCUCACAAGGACACCAAUCAGGAAGAAAAAGAUGCAGAUUUACUACGUAGACUUGAGGAAUUAUUAGUUAAAGACAAUACCUUCUUCGAUAUUGAAGCUUUGAGACUGGCAUUCCAGUUGAAAGAUAAACAGAAAACUGGCAAAAUAUCAAAUGAUGAGGUAUUUGAUAUCGUUGCCUUGAAACAACAACCACUUUACGGAGCUCUUCUGAAGGCAUUAGUAAAACGAUGUGAUAUGGACAACCAUAAUAUUGUAAGUUGGCCAGAGUUUUUAAGCUUCCUGGACAAAGCACAGAAAAAUGCAUGGAAAAAAUAUCCUGAAAUGUCUUCCUUACCUGAGUUGAUGAAAAGUAAAACUCCCGUUGUACCAGAGGCAUCAGAUAUCCUUUCUAAUCAGACUAAAUCCAGACUGGUAAACAGAUUUCUAAAGAAGGGAUCUAUAAACAGAGGCGAAAAUCUUAAUAAAAAAGAAAAGUCUGAAAAAUCAGAGGAAAAGAACAAAGAAAAUGAAACAAAAGAAAAACUCGCUCAACACGAAGUGAUUGAAGAACAAAAAGAAAAUGAGAAGAGUGAAACGAUACCACAAAGAGAAAAUCAGGAGUCAGAGAAGGAGACCACAGACGAAAAACCAGAAGAUACACAGAAACCAGCGCUUCUGAAGACACCAUCUGGCUUCUUGGGUACUUUUAAGUCUUUUAUAGCAGGUCGAAAGAAAGAUGAAGAGGAAUCGGAAGAAAAGAUAGAAUUAAAAGAAAAAAGUACUGAAAAAGAGAACACGAACUCGAAAAAAGAAGAAAGAAAGAAUCCAGACAAAGAAAAUAAUCAAAACAUAGACCAGGAGGAGACAACAGAGAGUGAUAAAACCCAAGAAGUCAGUCCAAGAGACAUAACUCUUGUUAAAGACACGGAUAAUUCUAAGAAAGACUUAAACACCGAUUCUGGAAGUAAUGAGAACCAGACAGAGGGCUGCCUUGAAAACCCUAAAACUGAUGAUAUUACUGACAACGUGGAAGAAAUGGAGAAAGAAGAUUCAAUGCCAACAAUAAAGGACAGCGGAUGCUCAGAUGGGGACAAUCUUAUUUUAACAAAAAAUGGUCAUACCAUUGAAUUUUCAAAACCAGUUGGAUACGAUACUGAAACAGUUAAAUUAGAACCUCCUGAAGCUCGGCUCAAGCUUGACUGGGUGUAUGGUUACCGUGGAAACGACUGUAGGAAUAACAUACAUGUUUUAGCCAAUGGAGAGCUGGUGUAUUUCAUAUCUAACAUUGUUGUUUUAUAUGAUAAGGAAAAUCAUAAACAGAGGCAUUACAAAGAACACACAGAAUACAUCAAGUGUAUUGCUCUUCAUUCAAAUGGUGUAACAAUAGCUACGGGACAAGUAUGUUCUAAGCAUAGACCACAUAACAAGCCACAUAUUAGGAUUUGGCGAUCAGAUACCUUACAGACAACACACGUGCUAGAAGAGUUCGAAAAAUCUGUUAUGUGUUUAGCAUUUUCAAAUUCAGAGGAUAUCUUAGCUGCUGUAGAUAAUACUCCCGACAAACGCCUGACGGUUUGGAAUAUUUCUUCAGGAGAACUUAUUACUGAAACAGAGGUGAAUACAGAAUUGAUUUGUGAUAUAUCAUUCAAUAAAAAGUAUCCAGAGUUGUUAGUGACCUCUGGAAAAGAACAUCUUCAGUGGUGGAAAAUUUACGAGGAGAGUCGAACACUUCAACCAGUAGCCCAGCCACAGUAUGAUAAUUAUCUUAAAGCAAAAUUCAUCAUAUUCCUUGAACAUAACGAGAAAGGAGACUUAGUAACUGGAGAUUCAAAUGGAACUAUUUAUGUCUGGGCUGAUGGUGGAAACAAGAUUACCAACUUUGUCAAACAUGCACAUGAUGGUCCUGUAUUUGUUGUAAUGUUUUACAAAAAUUACAUCAUAUCUGGAGGAAGAGAUGGAAUUGUAUAUUGUUGGCUGUGUAACAAAAAUAUGGACAAUGUUGGCGAACUGCAGAUACCUAGAUCUGAAGGCGGGAUUCGAAUGUUACAAUUCCAUGAUGACACUUUUUUCAUUGGAACUACAAUGAACUCUAUGUUGUCAGCAGAGUUAUCUACAAAAGGCAACUCACCUCUUUCUGGAAUUCAGUUGGAUCCAGUGCCUAUUACACAGGGUCAUUAUGACGACUUACGUGGAUUGGUAGUAAUGCACGAAUCUCAGCUUGGUGGCGAUUUCCUUACUGCCGGAAUAGACGGUGUUGUCUGCUGGUUCAACACAGAAAGGAGAGAUCCUGUCUGUAAACUUAUGUUGAAGGGUAUGCAGUUUACAUGUGUAGAUUCCUCGUUUGAUGGAACACGUGUUGUAUUGGGGACAAAGAAUGGAAAUUUAGUUAUACUGAAUAUUGAAGGAGAGUCUAGUUCUGAAGUAUUCAACAACAAAAUAACAAAAGACAGAAUAGAUUGUGUGCGAUUUUCACCAGAUUACACAAUAAUAGCUGUUGGAGGACAUGAUUGCUCAAUUCAUAUGUAUCAUUUCGUUGCAAAAUCGGAUGGCUCGUUUGUAUGGGAAAUGAAAGGAAAAUGUGUGGGACACCGUGAUCCUGUAGUAGAUAUUGACUUUUCUGCGGAUUUGUUCAACGAUCACUUCCUCCUACGUAGCUGUACUAAUUCACCUGAGAACUUAUAUUGGAAUGCCCAAAGUCUUGAUGAAAUGGAUAUGACAGAAUGUCGAGAGGUCUCAUGGAUGACUGAAAAAUGUAGAAUAUCUGCUUCCAAUAUUGGACUAUGGUGGUCAAAAUUAGAACAGGAAGGAGAUAUCAACUGUGUGGAUGUUUGUACAGAAUCAAAUCUCAUAGUUAUGGGAGAUUCGUGUGGAAACGUUUGUUUAUAUAGAUAUCCAUGCGAUAGAAAAGGGAUGUAUUGUCAUAUGUAUCAUGGACAUGCUGCGGUUCACAAUGUUAGUUUCUCGAGAGACGGGCAUUAUGUUAUUAGUGUUGGCGGCAAGGACUCUUGUGUCAUUCAGUGGAAAAUCGUUUAAAACGGCAGAGCUGUAAUUCAAUAUCAAUCGAUUAUUGUGUGGAAACUUGAAAUGAUAAUUUUUGGAAGGGGUUGAAGGAGCAAUUUCAUGUUCUUAGUAUCUGACCAUUCUCAUUUAUUUCAAGGAUUAAGUACUCCACAUUUGUUGCCAUGCACAUAAUAUAAAAUAGUGAGACUACAAACCACAAGUAACGACUUAAUGAAAAUAGUAAAUAUUUUUAAUAUCUAAAUUUCGAUAUGAUAGAGAAAUGUUGAUUCUUCAAAAUUCAAAUUCAGUUGACUUGUUAUAAUUCAAGCAAAACAAUUGUUUACCCAUACGGAAAUGCUCUGCCACUCAACAUUUCAUACUCUCAAUCCUUAAGAUGCAAAAUCUCUUCAUUUGGUUUACAGAACACAUACGUGUACUUUAUUUAGAUGCAUCAUUAUAUGGAAAAUUAUGAAAAACGGGACAUUAUUACUAAUAGUCGGCGUUAUUGUUUUUUUUUAUUUCAGCAACCGAUUUGUGUGCCUUUUGGUGGCAUGAAUGUUUCUUACUAAUAAAUUUAAGAACUCUAGAUAUUUUCUGGUGGUUUUUUUUCGGGGGCUGUCUUUAUUGGUGGAAACCCAAUAAAUCUUAAUAUCGAACAAUUUUCUCUGAAUUUAUUUCAUAUCAGGGCUAUUUUUAAAAUAUCUUUCAAUCUUUACUAAAAUGUACUGUCCCACAGCA